AUGCUCCCUGCCUCUUUCCUCCCGGCUCCCCGCCUCACUGCCCCCUGCUCACUGCCCCAUCCCCCCUUGCUCACCGCCUCAUUCCCCCCUGCUCCCUGCCUCAUCCCCCCUCGCUCACCGCCUCGUUCCCCCCUUGCUCCCCGCCUCAUUCCCCCAUUUCAUAACCGCCUCACCCCCCCCUUUCUCCCCGCCUCAUUCCCCCCUUUCUCCCCACCUCAUUCCCCCAUGCUCCUCGUCUCAUUCCCUCCUUCUCCCUGCCUCAUUCCCUCCUGCUCCCCGCCUCAUUCCCGAUUGCUCACCGCCUCAUCCCCCCUCGCUCACCGCCUCGCUCCCCGUCUCAUUCCCUCCUUCUCCCUGCCUCAUUCCCUCCUGCUCCCCGCCUCAUUCCCGAUUGCUCACUGCCUCAUUCCCCCUUGCGCACCGCCUCGUUCCCCCCUUGCUCCUCGCCUCAUUCCCCCAUUUCAUAACCGCCUCACCCCCCCCUUUCUCCCCGCCUCAUUCCCCCCUUUCUCCCCACCUCAUUCCCCUAUGCUACACCGCCUCAUUCCCUCCUUCUCCCUGCCUCAUUCCCUCCUUCUCCCCGCCUCAUUCCCUCCUCCCUGCCUCAUUCCCUCCUUCUCCCCGCCUCAUUCCCGAUUGCUCACCGCCACAUUCCCCCUUGCUCACCGCCUCACUCCCCCCUGCUCCCCGCCCCAUUCCCCCCUCAUUCCCCCUCGCUCACCACCUCAGUCCCCCUUGCUCCCCGCCGAAUUAGGCUACGCUCCCCGCCUCAUUCCCCCUGGCUCCUCGCCUCAUCCCCCCCUGCUCACCGCCUCAUUCCCCACCUCCAACCUCCUGCAACGUUUUUUCCUGAAAAUAUACCGACCACUUCCUCAAAUCGCGAAGGUACUGACGGCGCCAAUUGAGUGGUGUACCAACGAGCUCACACGCCGUUAG